AUGGAGCUCAAGGAUUUUUUGUUGCCACUGGUCGCGGAAAGCCGAAGGCGUUAUGCCGAUAAUUCGUUGAUGAUUGUAAUUGAAUCAAUUCAAACUAACAUCAAAAAUGCAACCCCAAGCAGCGUUCAUUCGAAUCGUCAAUUUCAACUGUCGGAUUUGACAAAUCGAGAGCUUCUUCUGUUUUCAUCCGGUCAUACUGAAAUUCGAGGAUAUGGCGGAGAAAUACGUCACUGGCAGACGCAACCGUGCAGUGAUUUACAUCAAAUGGUACUCAGUAUGACGGAUAUAGGAAUCCUAAGUAUGCAACCAUUGAAGACGCUUCAGAAGGUUUUGUGCUGGAAAGAAAAAAAUAAAAGAAACACGCAGAAUCCUGGACUGACGCUAGUUUACUGCGAAUUCAUGGACAUCGACAAUCAUUUUGUUUUGGAUGAUGAACUGCUCACGGUACUAGAGGAGGUUCUUCGGGCUCAUUUUUGUGUACAACGGUGUCCAUUUGCUGAUCAGAUCCAGUGGCUUGCACUGCCAAUCAUAGUUCCUCAUUUACUCUGGGUUGUGCUGCAAACAGACCUCGAACAGAACACUGUCGAUAUGCAGCUGUAUGACAGCGAGGGUUGCAAGUGUGGCAAUGUUACUGGAAUUGUUUUCACUAAAGAAAUUCCGCUCAUCGUUGGGAGGUGUCUGAAGGGUGAAAAUAUGACUAUGCAAAGAAUUCGAGGAAAUUCAAAGGUCGCAAGCACUGCUGGGCUCGCCCAUGAAAAACCGUCAGCAGAUGUAGGAUUAAAUAAUUUGAUUUUUGCACCAACUAACACUGCGGAAUCAAAGACUUCUUCCAGUGCAGAAAAUCAUAUGAUUUGCACAGAAAAAGAGACAGCUGCAGAACCUUUACGAUACAAGGCCGUUCUAAACAAAAGAAUUUGGGAGCUGGUCAGAAAAAUCGCAAAAACCUCGAGUGCUGAUCACAGUGCAACAUUUGUGUCGCUUGGAUUUGAUUCUCUCAAAUUAGCACGUCUGGAGUUUGCACUUCAAGCCGAAUUUUCUGGAAAUUUUUCGCUACCUUACGGGAUUAUGCAACGAUUUUCAACUGUUGAUGCCUUGAGUGAUUAUCUAUCCACAAAAAGCGGUGCCGAAAUUACUGGACGAGACAAUAUAGUACAAGAAUCUGAAAGUAUGAAGGCUGUGGAUGAAAAAUUAAAAAAGCUUAUGAGAAACAAUGAAAAACUGAUGUUAAGUGCAGCGCAAAAACGAUUUGUGUUUCUGUCAGAGCUUAUUUCCGAUGGCAACGGCAAUUUCCUGGAGAGGAUGUCAUUUAAAAUAGACAAAUCAGCAAUGAACGAACUUCGGAAGGCUUUAAACAGACUAGUGGCACGACAUACAGCACUACGAACCAUUUAUACCAGGAGCAACCAAAUAAUUUUAUCAUCUACUGAAGCUUAUUUCUGGAUUCGCUUACAACAGGACAUUGAUUUGGAAGGACACUGUCCCAUCCGGCUUUUUGAUUCGACAGUUCCAAUGCAAAUAUUGAUCGCCUCAAAAAGCGAGAGCAGGACAAUAAAGAAUCAUUGCCAGGAGAAUCCAAAAGUCGUCAAAGGAGUUAGCCAGAAACAACUAGCAAUAACUCGAGAAAAGUUUGAAACGAAAUCUAUUCAGAGUGAGGAAAGUGAAUACUCUCGCACAGCGCGAACUACAGACAGAUGUAUUGUAAUGAUUGAGCAGCACCACAUCAUGACCGACGGCUUCUCAGUAAAGCUAUUGAGAGACGAUCUGCGCACACUUUGCAGCAGGAAAAAACAAAUAGAACCAGCUAUAUAUCAAUAUGCUCAUUAUGUGCUUCUGGAAGAUCAAAUCCGAAGAAAUUCUGAACAUUUCGAAUUCCGCAAAAAAUUCUGGAAAAACCAAUUUGCUAGAGUGGAACUGCAAACACUACCGGCCGAUAAGACCGAUCAAACAACAGGGCUUUAUUCAAACGGUUGCGUACAAGUCAAGCUGGAUUACAAAACCCAAAAAUAUUUGCAGAAUACCGCUGAAAGCUGCUCUGUAACACAGUUCACUGUGCUUCUCGGAAUGUACCAGCUUCUUCACUACAAAAAGUUUGGAAUUCAGGAUCUAUGCAUCGGAGUUGUCAGUGCAGACAGAGGCACUCCUGAAUUGCAAACCAUCGUUGGUUGCCUGCUAAACGUGGUACCAGUCAUUUGCACUAUACAUUCUGAGGAAAAAAUCUGCGAUUUUAUAAAGAAAGCUUCAAGACGCCUAAGUGAGUGUACCCAGAACCAAAUCCCAUUUGAUGACUUGAUAGCCGUUUUGAAUGCGAAACGCAGUAAACCAAAUUCACCGCUUUUCCAGGUUUUGUUCAUUAUGGAUGAGUUCAGCGUCAGUGAUGACGACGCCAGUAAUAGUGAUAUCGACAAUUCCGACAGUGGUAACGAUGAAGAAACAAAUGAUAAAAGAGUCGCAGUUUUUGGGGAAUUCGAAAGCCAGGAUUCUAACUUUGCACAAUAUGAUCAAGUCUGGUACUGUCAACGUCGAGAAAUCGAUACCAUUACGAUAAAAGUUGUUUACAAUGCUAAUCUUUUUUACGCAACUUCAGUGAAAGCAACAGUCCAGCAGUAUAUUCGACUAAUCCAUAAAAUCCACGGAAACUUGCACACUCCUGUUAGUAAUUUGAAAUUGAUAAGUAACGAGGAAGAAUACAGGAAUUACCAAAAGCGAGUUUCAAAUCGAUGCGACUUCCCCCGAAAAUGCACAGCUUUGGAUAUUAUUGCUGAGCAGAACAGGAUGAAUCGAUACUGUAAUAAAAUUAUUCAACAAAACAGCUCAUUUUCGAGUUCAUUCCUGGAAAAAACGAGUAACAGGCUAUCGAGACAUUUGACACAGUUGUGGCUGCGAUUUUCAGGGGAAAAUCUAGCCACUGAUAAUUUUGCUUUAGUACAUCUCAGUCGUUCUGUUGACCUCUUACUGGUUGUUUUUUCACUUUGGAAAUGUGGUGCUGCAGUAGCUCCAGUAAGCACUGACAUUCCCGAAAAACAGUUGCAUGAAACAGCUACGAAAUUAAAUCCCUUUAUUAUCAUUCAUGGAUUCAUACAAAAUCAAUCCAGGUGCGAAAAGUGCAACUGCAGAAGCAACAAAGAAAAUUGUUCCGAAAAUGCCUCCCAGAUGUUGCCACUGUUAAACGGUGGAAAAGUUUUUUCAAGACAAGAUCCCAAAUGCAGGUGCAGCUUUCAGCUCAGUAUCGAGAGCAGUCAAAUGCGCAGCGCAAUCUGUGAAUAUUCGGAUAAGGAGCUUAGGAAAAAAGCAAGUGAACGAGAUUUAGCUUAUUUGACAUUCACUUCAGGAAGCACUGGUGCCCCGAAGGCUAUUUGUACAGAGUUCUACGGCCUCAACAAUCUGGCACUGAACUAUGCGGAGCAGCUCAGCAUCAGAAGAAGCAGUAUAAUCUACCAGGUAGUCAAUCCGUCCUUCGACAUCUUCUUCGCUGAUCUAAUCGAAGCACACACAAAUGGCGCAACGCUGCACCUCGCCGCCCAGAGCAUUCCCGACCUGACGGAAGAGAUAACACAGGUCAGCCAUGCUUACAUAAUGCCGGCCUAUCUGUCAGCUAUUAAACAAAAACACUGGGAAAAAUUGGCGCGGCUCGAGAAAUUGAACUUUGGCGGGGACCACAUCCAGCAUAAGAGCCUGCACGCGGCUGUUCAGGCCGGGCUUCAUUCUUGUCAGCAGUACGGUUUAACUGAACAUUCCAUCUACUCAACCUGCAAGCUUAUGAAAAUUAGGGAAAAAGUCUCUUUAGUUGGAAAACCACUGAAAAACAUUCACUUCUUUGUGCGUGACGUUGAUCGAAAUAUUUGCGAACACCGCGUGAUCGGAACUUGCUGCACUUCCGGACCGGGCAUCAGCCGCGGCUACUUCGGAAAUUCACUUCUAAACCGACAACUGUUUCUGGAGAAUCAUGACUUGGCGAAACUGGAACUGCUAACAAUCCAUGAAAAACAUGAUUUCUGGACCGGAGAUAUGGCAGUCAUUGAAAAUGCCGCUGGUGAGCUGAAUUUUUUAGGUCGCAAAGACUUUGAAGUGAAAAUUCGAGGUAUGCGGAUCAAUGUUAGUGAGACCGAAGCUGCUCUGGAGCAGUGUGAAUUGGUAAAAGCCUGUGUUGUGUGCGUACAUGGAACAAAUGCAGAACGAUUCUUGACAGCUUACAUCAUCUUAAGCAAAAGUAUACAGCGGACUGAGGACGAUACUGAGCUAAAAACAGCUCUAAGCAAUUAUUUGGCGUCAAAGCUGCCUUCGAUCAUGAUCCCCAGCCAAUUCGUAUUUCUCCUGCAAUUUCCACUGAAUACAAAUGGAAAGAUCGAUCGGAAACGACUACCAGUACCGCAGAAACUAGCAAACCCAAAUACAAUUGCAAGGACGCAACAUAUUUUAACGCCGUGGCAAAAAAAAGUAAUGGAGAUAUUUGCGAAUUUACUUCCUGGAAAAGCAGCUGAACCAGAUCAAUCAUUUUUUGAACUGGGAGGUGACUCAUUGAAAGCUAUGCUCGCGAUGCAACAAAUUAAUCAGGAGCUCGGAGUGAACUUGCACCUCAGAGAUAUUUUCCAAUCAGAAUCCUUUAGUGCAAUUAUGGACCUGAUAGCAAUUGACUUCAGCAAAGCUGAAUCUAGAAAUUUUGAUAACGCUGUUUUAUGCCAGAAACCAAAGAAAUUUCAUAACCAUUACGAUGAUGUGCGGGAUACUGGAGAAUCGGCUAUGCCUGAUAUCCCAAAGGCCAAAGCAUCAAAAAUAUGUAAUAAAACAAGAAAUAAGGGCAAAACAAGAAACAAAUUUUGGUUGGAUGAGAAAGGAAUACCAGUAAGCCUUUUACAGGACUGGCUACUAUUUCUUUACAGUUUUGGGCAAGCAUACCGAGACAGUUACAUGCUGCGAUUUUUGAUUAAAUUUUAUGGUACAAUAAACCUCAAAAAGCUUAACAGUGCUCUGAAUUUUGUUGUGCGCAAACAUCCAGUCCUGCGGACAAUAAUUUUGCGCAAAGCCGAUAGAACCGUGCAGGAAACUCUAUCAUUGGCUGAGUGUUACAUAAAAAUUGGCGAAAACAAUUCGCUUUACAAACAGGCAGGGCCAAAAACGGGAUGUUUGCCGGAAUUAUUUGACAAUCCUUUGCUGACAAUAAUCUCUGACAGUGUAUCUGGUAACCUCCAGCUUCACCUGAUCUUCGACCACCUCAUUGUUGAUGGCCAUUCUAUCGCUAUAUUAUCAAACGAUCUUGUAGAAAUCUAUAACAAACUUCUCACCGAAUCCAGUGAAAAAUGCUUCCAUGCAUCGACAGAUGUACGCAGGAGCUACGCAAAUUUUUGUCUUCAACAGCGCCGUCAGGCUGAAAAGCUUGGCAUGCACGGGCUGAGCAACGCCCAGCGGAACACCGAGCAAAAAGUUCAGGACUGCAGACUUCUAGAUGAAAUGAUUGCAAAACUUCAAAAAUUCCCAGCCCUAGAAAUUGCCAGUAACUGUACUUCUGCUGCGGACGAUGACUUCGAUAUAAGAAACGACUCGAUGAAACUCAAAAUUUCAGUAACCCCAAAAGCAAUUAGCGAGUUCUGUGCUGCACAGAAUUGUACGCUCUUUGCUUAUUUGUUAAGCAUAUUUUCGCUGACAAUGCGUUUAAUCCUGGCCGAGCAGCACAGUCCGCAGGAGCAACGAUUUGCGGUGGUCACUCCGGUUUUAAAUCGUACCCAGGACACUAUGAACUGCACUGGCUUGUUCACUAACACUGUGAUCAUUGCUAUCGAAACAAAUUUCCAGCAAAUUUCUCAUUUAAUUCAAAACAUUCAAGCAAUAAUCGCUGAAGCUCUGCAUUACCAGCAUAUACCAUUCGGAUAUGUUAUCCAGAAGCUAAAUCCGAGGCGCGACCCCUCCAGAACUUCACCUUAUCCAAUUUCUUUCGUCGUACACAGUGCCUCAGCAAAAAAGCUGCCAAGAAUUGAUGGCGUUGAAACAGUGGUCGAAGAGCUCGUACCCAAUAAUGCAAAAUUUGAUCAGUCAUGGUACUUCACUAAGUUUCAAGACUAUGUUGAAAUGAUGGUUGAAUAUAGAGUUGCGAAGUACAGCAGUUCAAUGAUUGGGCGUAGCAUGGAACUGUUUGAUCGGAUAGCAUAUGAAAUUUUAUCAAAACACGAGGUGGAUAGUAUUCUAAAAAUCUGUGCGUCGCAAGCAAACAAAAAAAAAGAGGUCCAGAAUUUCGAGCACUGUGAAGACAGGUAUGAAAUUACAAAAAACGGUAAGGAAAACGAAACGACUACAAAAAUUUUGGAGAAUGUUUUACUGAAGAUCUGGAAGGAAGUUCUUUCAGACCCAGGAAUUUCGACUUCCGACAAUUUCUUCGCUAAAGGUGGUCAUUCGCUGUUAUUUGCAAAUGUCUGCUAUAAGAUCGAAAAAGAACUUGGUUAUAAGUGCCCUCCACAAGCGAUAUUCAGGUAUCAAACGAUCAGAGAACUCGCCGAGAAUCUCAGUAACAGCCUCAACAUGAAAUCAGUAGCAGAUGCGACAAAAUUCCGCCUUAAAGUAUGUCCUUUGCAAGAAUCUCUGGUCAGACUCUAUCAUAAUUGCAUAGCCCAGUCAGAAGCAGCAGCUGCGACGACAAAAAAUAUUACUACCACAUACGACCAAAUCAAAGCUUUCCAGACCGGUUUUACAGUUUUCUUGGAAUCCUUGAACUUGCUGCAACUGAGGAAAGCGUUGAAUGCAGUGAUAAUGCGCCAUUCUGCAUUGCGCACAACAUUCUACCACCAAGACGAUCAUUUUUUUCAGCAGCUUCACUCCGGAACAGAAAUUUAUUUUUCUUCCAGAGAAACUGAAGAGCAAACAAAGAUGAAUCCGCCAAAUCCGUUUCACGCCAUUCCAAUCCUUUGUUGGCUCACCCGCAAUGGCGGGCAGGAAAAACCCAUUGCCGCUCAUUCUUUUAAGCUUCAUUUCCAAAUUAGUCAUGCAGUCUGUGACGGAAAGUCGAUGGCUAUAUUGGCUAGUGAGCUUCGGGCGAUCUAUUUCACAGAUAUACAAAUUUUGGGCAAAACUCAAGAUUACGUACGGUUUACAGAGCAAAUAGAACAGAGAUUCAGCUCAAGAACUGUUGAAGUAAACAGUUACUGGAGAAAGGCAUUGGAAAAAGCGGAAAGUGUGGACCUCUAUCCAGAUAAAGUGGUUGAUUCACGAAGCAACAAAUGCAAAAUUAUCCGCAAAAAUUUCCAAAAAUUGAAUACUGUAAUUAAAAAGUUAGCGACAAAAUACGCUUGUUCGAUGUUUGCAGUACAGGUGGCUGCCUUCUGCAAAGUUCUCUUUGGAAGAGUGCAACCGGAAGCUACAGCAACAUCGGCUGCAUCGAAAUUGCUCGUCAGCUGUGUAGUCGAUAUGCGGUAUCCAGGUGAACAGGACUGCGUGGGUAUGUGCAUUAACACACUGCCACUAGUCGUUGACGUGGAGAAUAAUAGCACACGGGAUUUGGUUUGUGGAGCUGCCAGAAGUCUAGCGGCUGCCUAUCUCAAUGCGGACAUUUCUACCAGCGAUAUUGAAAAAUCAUGCGGAAAUGUAAGAUGGCACAAGCUUAUGAUAGUGGACGAUAAUGUUGGAGUCGAAAGCGAUCACCUUAACAACGAUCACGAGGGGGGCGACGACCCAGAGUACACAAAGUGUGACUUGACAUUGUUUCUGACGCAUCAUCAAAACCAUAUUAGCGCAAAAAUUGAAUACAAGCAAGAAUUUUUCUACAGCGAAACUGUAGCUAUUAUGCUUGACAACUGGGCAAAAACAAUUUUAAACAUGAAAUUGAGCGCAGAUGCAGAAGAUCGCAUAAUCAAACAUACAGACAGACCAAAACUAGGCCCGGAACGAAGACUCUGUCCCAGCUUCGCGGAAAAGAGUAAACGGCACAAAAAGCAGCCCAUUUUUGACAGCAGCGAUUUUCCAAGUUUUAGCUUUCCUCAGCUACUUCAUGAAGCACUCAAGAAUAAUGACUCACCAGCAAAAACUAAUAUAUGCUUGGCUGGAACCAAAGAAGCCAUAGAUAGUAUUGGCCUGUGCAAAAGAAUCUAUAAAACAUCCAAAAUGCUAAAUGAGAAAAUCAAACAGAUUACUGGCGCACCAUUACGACCUGACACAGUUGUUCCAGUUGUGGCCCAAAAAAAUAUCAGCACGCUGAUUACCUGCUUAGCAGUGACCUGUUCAGGAGCUGCUUAUCUUCCAAUCGAUUCCACAGAUCCAGCAAAAAGGAUUGCAGACAUCCUGGCACAAAACCGAGCGACGUUCUUUGUGACCGUAAAUAAUGCAGCACAAGACGGUGGCACAGAAUUUACUGGUCGUACCGAAAGUAUCAAUUCGCUUGUUCACGAUGCGUUAGAAAUACAAAUAAGAUACACCGAAGCUGAUGAUAGACAACUAAAAAAAUAUGCGCUACAACUACAGAACAGAUCAUCAGAUCUAGCUUACAUAAUAUUCACCUCCGGAACAACUGGAAUGCCAAAAGGUGUAGCGAUUAGCCAACAGGGCCUUCUUAACAUGGCUACAGCGUGUACUCGAAAUUUCUGGAUGAAGCCAACGGAUAGUGUGUAUCAGUUCACAAAUUUCACUUUUGAUAACAGUAUUCUGGAAACGACGAUGGCACUGGUCAAUAGCUGCACGCUCUAUGUAAAGGAGAACCUUUUCACGAAGCAUGAAUUUUUUAAUGAAGUGAAAAGAGCGCGUAUAACGCACGCAUUAUUAUUUCCUGGUUUGGUUAAAACAUUUACAGAAGAGGAAAUUCGAAAACUGGCAUUUCUGCGAUACUGGAUUACAGGGGCGGAAAGCGCUAAUAAGUGUACUUUGGACUGCGCGCUAAAAUCAGGUGUCAACGUGAUACAGAACUAUGGACCAACUGAGACAACAGCCUAUGCACUGACCAAACGAAUGAAGCUACUGGACAGACCAAACAAUAUCGGUCGCGCAAUAGAUAAUGUUGCUGCCACGAUAAGUAGUGCGUCUGGACAAGAAAUGCUGUCAAAAGCAACGAUUGGCGAGUUGCUCAUCAGCGGGGUGGGAGUCAUGCGAGGAUAUGUCUCCGGGGCACAGGUAAACGAUAAAACUGUUACCCAAGAGAGUCAGUGCGAAGCGGAAGCUGGAAGUUAUGGGAUCGUAAAACAUUACGGAUUAACUCGGGCAAGCAACUGUUACGCAACAGGAGAUAUCGUUCUCGUGCAGCCGAACAAUGACUUGCUGUUUCUCGGACGACACGACGACCAGGUGAAAAUUCGGGGGUUUCGAAUUGAACUUGCUGAGGUCGAAGCCAUUUUGUGCCAGCAUCCGCUCAUCAGGUCCGUAAAAGUUAUUUUAGAACAAACACAGAGGCAGCACCUUGUGGCAUAUGUCAUUUUACGUGACAUGGAGAGGAAAAUGGACACGCACGCAGUCAGACGAUUUUUGAUGAAGCGUCUGCCGCACUAUAUGGUGCCAGCGGAGUACCACUGCUUAAGGCAACUUCCACUUACCAAAAACUCGAAAAUUGAUUUUGCGGCUCUAAAAAAUCUGACGAAUGCCAAUGCAAAUGAAGUUCACCGGGAGCUGGUGAAGCCGGAAAAUAGUAUGGAAGAAAAGCUGCUCGGAUUUUUCCAGAAAAUUUUGUGCAAUAACAAGAUUUCAGUAACGGAUGAUUUUUUCGAACAGGGUGGUAAUUCGCUGAUAGCAUCGCAGCUCAUAGAACUUAUUGUCGCUGAUAAAAUUUUGUCCCAUUUCGAUGUAAGCAACGUUUUUCGUUAUCGAACCGUAAGGAAAUUGGCAGAAUGCAUUCUGGAUGCUCGAAAAUCCAUCCUCGACGUUCACAACACUGAGACUGCGCAUACGAAAAGAAUGCGCUAUGAUGACAUGCCACUUAGCUUUCAGCAACAGCACUAUCGUUUCCUGAAUGAGACACACCGCCGGCAGUACUACGAGCUCAUAUUUGUCCAAAAAUUCGAUGCUCCCAAAAGCAUACGACAUUUGCGUCUCGCCUUUUUGCGCCUGGUCUUAAGGCAGCCAUCGUUGCGGACCAUAUUUCCGGAAGAGCAAUACGAAGCGCGUCAAGAAAUACUAUCCGGCACAGAAGCAUAUUUCUACAGUGAUACACAAGAACAAUACGAAAGCUACCCAACUGGUACAGUAGAAGAGAAAAUAAGAAUGUUGCAGAAUGAGAAGCUGGAUUUGCAGCAAGAGCCUCCGGUUCUGUGCACAAUCCAGGUUGCCAGUGACACAACCAAAAUCGCAAUCUUACGCAUCAGCCACAUCAUCAGUGAUGCGUGGUCCACAAAAAUUCUCGAAAAAGAACUCACUCAGCUGUAUCAGCAGGUCCUGCGCAGCAAAAUAUUCACCGAUACCAAGUUAAAACUUACAUACGCCGAGUAUUCCGCGGAACAAUUUCAGAGGCAGCAUUUACUGGAAGCGAGCGCUGCUAAAUAUGCUGGCAAGCUCGUAGCGUGGGUCAAAAGCCACACAAACUACAACAAUAUUAUGGAAAACUGGAAGGAACGCGCAGGACCGAGAGUUCAUGAAUUUGGGCGCACAUGUGUUAGUACUAUUCUUGGCUCAGAAUGCAUGGAAUACGAAGAAAAUCUGAAAUUCUCGAUUUCGGGAAGUUACUGGGAAAUAGGAUUUACAAACGAAAAAUCACACAUUGAAAAAAUUUGUCGUUGUUUUAACUGCACCCCGUUUGUUGUGUUCUUAGGCGUAUUUGCUCUGGCGGUGCACGAAUUAUCGGUUACAGAAAAUCUCAUUGUUCAAGUACCAUUUGCAAACCGAACUCCUCAAACAUUAAAUAUUAUUGGUAAUUUUCUUAAUUACAUGCUGAUACACAGCACUUACACUUCAGAGAUUUUUCCUACGACAGAAAUUGCCGGCAGCAGUGUAGGUGGGAAUACUGUCCAUGAUGAAGGUUUGGAAGUUCGCAGUAAGUUAAAUUUACGCUUGACUGACUUUUUUGAGAGAGUCAAAGAAACAAUAGAUGAAGUACGCCAGUUUGAGGAAGUACCAUUCAUCGUUCUUCUGGAGUUCAUCAAAAAAGAAUUAAAAAAGCAUCGGCUACUAAAACGAGAAAUUGUUGAGCGUCUUCAUCGAACCAUAUUCUUUAACUGCCGUUACGAUCUUGAACAGGACAAUGAAUCGACAAUUGGGGAAGGCGAAACUCAAGCGCCAACAGGCUGCGUACACGAUAUAGAAGUCGACGUGGACUGCACAGACCACCACUAUUCAUGCAGAAUUCGAGUGGAAAAGAAAAGCAGCAAUGGAACUUUCAUCCUGGAACUACAGCAGCGGAUGCUCUUCUACUUACAACAAAUGUUUUUGAGCCCGGCGGAAAAUAUGACUGAGAAACUUACUAACUCAGAGGAAAAAGCAAACGUUGAAUCUCAGCUGAGACGCAUUUGGAGUGAAUGUAUUGGCACAAAACGGUUUAAGGGCGACGAUGAUUUUUUCAUGGAAGGUGGAAAUUCACUACUUACACUAAAACUGGCUCGUUGCAUUAAAAAGGAAAUGAAUAUUUCAAUGAGCGUUGAUGAAAUAUUCGAGAACAGCGUGUUUUCGCAAAUGACAGAAUUUUUGCAGAAGCGAUGCAGUGGGCGAGAAUCCGUCUCCUCGAACCUUCCUCACUCAACCCCAACAGCAGAGAGGAAAGGAACCACGAUUGCGGACGGCGAGAAUUCUGUGCUCAACUUGCGGGAAUCAGCGGAAGCUCACGACAAUAAGCUAAAUGUAAAUGUUAAAGCAGACGUUGAAAAUCUGAGAACAGUAGUAGUUCAGCUGCACCAUGGAGACAGUCUAGGCCAGCAGAAUACAGGCGCAAUCAUCGUAUUUUUUCAUGCGCUUAUUGGUGGUGUGAAAUGGACGUAUUCGUCACUGGCUCGAUAUCUAGUGACGAAAUUACCACAUCAAUUCAGAAUAAUUGGCGUCGAACAUCCGGACAGCUUUGCUCAAAAAACCACAGAUCGCAAACUGUACCGCUCCAUUGAAUGCUUGUGCUCGAAGUAUGCAGAAGAGUUGUAUGCACAUCUACAGCCGGCGAACCUACGAAUAUUCGUAGGCGCUUCAUUUGGCGCCCUACUCGCCUACCAAUGUGCAGUACGACUGCGGUCAUUAGGGCUGGAAAUCCAUGAGAUAAUCUCGAUCGACGGCACAGGACGAUGGAGAGACAAGCCAUUCUCGUCUGGGAUAACUUACGAACAACAUCGCCAACAAAUCAUGGAAAUCGUCAAUCGCUGGACCGUUGAUGAACAGACUGAUGGUGUAAUACUGGAAGCGAUGAUCGACAAUGCGUGGGAAUUGCUGAAGAUGAUGCGAAUCUACAUCCCAAAUGAGUGUGAAUCGACUCCCUAUCGGUUACACGUGACGCUUCUGAAAGCACAGUCUGAGGCUGAAUGGGAAGAUGAUGACGACUACGGCUGGAAUGAACUUUGUGAUACUACCGUCCUGAAGAUACCGUAUUCGCAUGUAACGAUGUUUGAGAGGCACAAUGCAGAUGAUCUUUCGGACAUCGUUGCCCGCGCCAUCCUGACGGCUAAAAAGCGAAUAAUUGCUCAAUGCAAUCAUCAACUCCGACACGUUGCGAGUUAA